GCCAUGACGUGGGGCCAGGCCGGCUCCUGCUCUACCCCCUCCGUGGGCAUUUGCAGCCCCUCCACAGCUUACAGCCAGAGCCUGGUCCCAGAGCAGGCUCACCGCUGGCUCCCAAAGGCCAGGGCACCCCAGAGGGCAUCAUGCCUCGCUGCCAGCAGCCAGCGCCAGAGUGCCAGCCGGAGAGAGAAGCACCGCAUGCGGCGCCUGGCCCAGGCCCUGCACACCCUGCGCCUCUACCUGCCCACCUCGGUGGCACCCACUGGGCAGAGCCUGACCAAGAUUGAGACGCUCCGCCUUGCCAUCCGCUACAUCACCCAACUCUCUGAGCAGCUAGGCCUCAGUGAGGAGGCACUGGCCCAGAGGAGGGCAGUGCUGGCACGACCUCACUGCCCCCUGUGCUUCUCAGGGCUUGGCUGCUGCCAGGCAAGGAGGUCAGACCAGCACACCACAGAGUCCCCGGCCCAGGACCAACCAGCCCCUGAGACUUGGAUGGCCUCCCCACCCUGCCUGAUCGGAAUGGGUCAUGGGGUGCAGGUCCCAGACUCUAGAACCUGGCCACUGCCCCCUUGUGGCCUCCAAGAUGAGACUCCUGCUGCCGUUGCAGAAACCUGGGUACCUCCAGCACCCUCUCUUCAGAUCCAGGCCUUUCCUGAGCUGCAGAGGACUCCUUGCCCUCCCUCAUCUUGCAUGAGGAUGCCCAUGGGCAAACCAGGCAGAGUCAGGCCUGGAGAGCAAACAGCAGCAGAUGCCCCUGUUGUCACCUGGGAAGGGCCAGCCUGGGACCUUGAAGAGCCACCUGUCUGCAAGGACGGCACCUACAGAGCUACUUGGGACCUCCCCACCCAGAACCCUUCCUGUGGUUUCCUGUGGAACAGCCAGACCUUAAGAGGGUGAGCCUGCUGGGUGAGAAGAAA